CAACCGGGAGCUGCGGAGCGCGUCGACGCCUCCGGCCGCUGGAGCCGCGGGCGGCGGAGCGGGGCGCUGCUGCUGCGAGCCCUGUUGGGCGGGAGCGGCGGAGGAGCGGGGCGGCGGCGGUUUUAUUUAAAAAAGAAAAUUGAGUCUGGAUGCCUGUGCUGGAUUUUAGCAGCUGAAGAUGGAGUAAGAUGUGACCUUAAAUCUGAUUUUAAGAAAUGCAAAACAACACUGUCUCACAGGAGGAAAACAGCCCUCAAUGAAUUAGAAGAAUUGGAAAACUAUCUGCUUCAAUUGCUUACUGUCAUGCUAUGUUAUGCUUAGCACGGUGAUAUUGGAGGAUUAGCGACUGGCGACAAUCUGCUCCACUCUCAUACUUCGGCAAGACAAAUCACUAACGUCUAGCAGCAAGAAGAGACGUGUUCUUCAUGACAAAAUGACAGCAAGAGAACACAGCCCCCGCCAUGGUGCAAAAUCCCGCACUGUGCAACGGGCCUCCACUAUUGACAUUGCCUCUGACAUGCUAGGUCUGUCUCUGGCAGGAAACAUCCAGGAUCCAGAUGAGCCAAUUUUAGAGUUCAGCUUAGUUUGCAGUGAGUUGCUCACACCAUCGCUAGAUCGAAAACCAAAUACUUUUGUCGCAGUGAGUGUCACUACACCUCCUCAGGCAUUCUGGACAAAGCAUGCACAGACAGAGAUUAUUGAGGGAACAAAUAAUCCUAUCUUUCUAAGCAGUAUUGCUUUUUUUCAAGACUCUCUUAUCAAUCAAAUGACGCAAAUCAAACUUUCUGUGUACGACGUCAAAGAUAGAUCUCAGGGAACAAUGUAUUUAUUGGGUUCUGGAAUGUUCACUGUAAAGGAAUUACUUCAGGAGAAGAGCCAUAGAUUGCAUUUAACACUAAGGUCUGCUGAAAGUGAUCGUGUAGGUAACAUCACAGUUAUAGGAUGGCAAAUGGAAGAAAAAACGGACCAAAAGCCUCCUGUAACAAGGUCUCCUGACACCAUUAAUGGGAGGACUGUACUGCCAGUUGAUGAAAGUUUAACAGAAUCUUUAGGAAUCAGAUCUAAAUAUGCUUCAUUAAGGAAAGAUGUGUUACUAAAAUCCGUAUUUGGUGGUGCCAUUUGUCGGAUGUAUCGUUUCCCCACAACUGAUGGGAACCACCUGAGAAUCUUAGAGCAGAUGGCUGAGAGUGUACUGUCACUGCACGUCCCCAGACAGUUUGUGAAGCUUCUGCUUGAAGAAGAUGCAGCCAGGGUUUGUGAACUAGAAGAGCUGGGAGAGCUGUCUCCCUGUUGGGAGAGCCUUCGUCGACAAAUAGUUACUCAGUACCAAACAAUUAUACUGACUUAUCAAGAAAACCUAACUGACUUGCAUCAAUACAAAGGCCCUUCGUUUAAAGCAAGUAGCUUGAAAGCUGAUAAAAAAUUGGAAUUCGUGCCCACAAAUUUACACAUACAGAGAAUGAGAGUCCAGGAUGAUGGAGGAUCAGAUCAGAAUUAUGACAUAGUAACCAUAGGAGCACCAGCAGCUCACUGUCAAGGCUUUAAAUCAGGGGGUCUACGGAAAAAGCUGCAUAAAUUUGAAGAGGCAAAGAAACACAGUUAUGAGGAAUGUUGCACUUCAACAAGCUCCCAGUCUAUAAUAUACAUACCACAGGACAUUAUUAGAGCAAAGGAAAUUAUUGCACAAAUCAACACCCUGAAAACUCAAGUCAGUUACUAUGCUGAAAGGCUCUCGAGAGCUGCCAAGGAUAGAUCAGCUAAUGGCCUUGAAAGAUCACUUGCCAUUUUGGCAGAUAAGACACGGCAGCUUGUCACUGUCUGUGAUUGCAAGUUAUUGGCAAAUUCAAUACAUGGAUUAAAUGCUGCAAGGCCAGAUUAUAUAGCCUCAAAGGCAUCUCCAACCUCUGGAGAGGGGGAACAAGUGAUGCUAAGGAAUGAUCAAGACACCCUUGUGGCAAGAUGGACAGGAAGAAAUAGCCGAUCUUCUCUGCAGGUGGAUUGGCAUGAAGAGGAAUGGGAAAAAGUUUGGUUGAAUGUUGACAAAAGUCUGGAGUGCAUUAUUCAGAGAGUGGACAAACUUCUCCAGAAAGAGCGUUUGCACAGCGAUAGCUGUGAAGAUGUUUUCCAGUGUGACAUCAGCUGUACUAGUAAGAAAGGUAAUCGGGAUACUCGUGCCUACUGGAUAAAUCCAAAAGGCUUAGAUGAGACCUCAUCCUCACCUUCAUCAUCCUCACCACCAUCUUCAACCAUAUCAUCCUCUGCAUGCCAUUCUCACAGAAACACAAAUUGCAGCCCCCCUCCUGAAGAGUCCAGCCCAGGUGAAUGGAGUGAAGCUCUUUAUCCCUUGCUGACAACGCUCACGGACUGUGUAGCCAUGAUGAGUGACAAGGCGAAGAAAGCUAUGGUCUUUUUGUUAAUGCAAGAUAGCGCUCCUACAAUAGCUCUGUGCCUGAGCCUUCAAUAUCGCAGGGAUGUUGUCUUCUGCCAAACUCUGACAGCUCUUAUUUGCGGUUUCAUUAUCAAGCUGAGGAACUGCCUGCAUGAUGAUGGAUUCCUAAGGCAGCUCUACACCAUUGGUCUGCUGGCGCAGUUUGAAAGCCUUUUGAGCACAUAUGGUGAAGAGCUGGCAAUGCUGGAGGACAUGAAUUUGGGAAUAAUGGAUUUGAGAAAUGUAACCUUUAAAGUAACUCAGGCCACAUCAAAUGCAUCUGCUGACAUGCUGCCAGUCAUUACAGGAAAUCGUGAUGGAUUUAAUGUGAGGAUUCCUUUGCCAAGCGCCUUGUUUGAUUCGUUGCCCCGGGAAAUUCAGAGCGGCAUGUUACUGAGAGUUCAGCCUGUUCUUUUCAACGUGGGAAUUAAUGAGCAGCAAACCCUAGCAGAGAAGUUUGGAGACACGUCGUUACAAGAAAUAAUUAAUAUGGAGAGUUUAGUUCGGUUGAAUUCCUAUUUUGAGCAGUUCAAGGAAGUUUUGCCUGAUGAUUGCCUACCUCGAUCUCGUAGUCAGACGUGCCUGCCUGAACUGUUAAGGUUUUUGGGACAGAAUGUACAUGCAAGAAAAAAUAAGAAUGUUGAUAUUCUUUGGCAAGCUGCUGAGAUAUGCCGGAGACUAAAUGGUGUUCGAUUUACAAGUUGUAAAAGUGCCAAGGACAGGACAGCCAUGUCAGUGACUCUAGAGCAGUGUUUGAUCCUGCAGCAUGAACAUGGAAUGGCUCCUCAGGUCUUCACCCAGGCACUGGAGUGCAUGAGGAGCAUUGGAACACGGGAGGUAGUCACCCAGAAGAACUUGAGUGGCUUGGUGCCCAUCCGAGAUUUCGGGCUAGACCCCAGCCUCCUCUACUCUUUUCCUUUACUAGCUCUGAGCCCCAAUUUACUGAUUGUGUGGCUGUUUCUGAGUGUAGCAUACCUGGUGGCCCGAUUACGUUGCAAAUGAAGACAAGCUUAAAAAAACAAAAAUAGAUAAAAGUGCUUAAAUAUGUAUUGCCACCUGAUAUCUGCUGGACAAAGGAAUGUGCCAUAGCAAUGUCUGCCAAGAAUUAUUAUUAUGCCUUACAAUUUUACGUUUAUAUUGUACUAAAGUGUAAAUAUACAUCAAAUUAUUUUAUCAAAGAGGAAUUGUAUUGAAAGUUUAAACCAUUGUUAUGCUUUCAGUGCUUGUAACAUAGUCUGAAGUUGGCUGUUACCUCUUUACUUUAGCUGGCCUGAAGAUCAGUUUCUCUUACCAAAUAUUUCUCUUACCUUCAGAUCUAAGAGUCUCUCUCAUAUAUACAGUUUUGUGUUACUUGUUUCAUGUAUUCCAGAGAAAGGAACUCUGUCUGAAAAGAAUUUGUAUCUUUUUGUAUAAUCUUUAAGUGUAUGCUAACCUUGCCUUUCAUUUUUAUGAGGUAUGAAGAGAAAAAUUUAAAAUAAAUAGGUGGGGUUUAUAACAGAUGUACCUAGAUAAACAAAUCUGACACCUUUCUACUUCCAUUUCAAAACAUAAUCGCUAAAUUACAGUAGUAAACAGUUUGCAGAACCCAUAGUCUUGUUCCUUUCUCAUGUUUAAAUCUAUUUCAGUAGCAUAUACUGUACCCACUAAAAAAAACCCCUUGAAUUGCAGUGUACUGCAUGCAAUAUUAUUCCAUUAUGUUUACAGGUAUACAUUUUUGUAACCUAUUUAAGUGAAUGACUCUCAGAAAAGGAGUAUGUAGUAAAAAUAGACUGAUAGUGAUCAAUUGUCCAUUUAUGCUUCCUUGGGGAAAGAUGGUCCAUUUUUAAAUUAUAAAAAAAGAGAAUACUGAAUCAGGAUAAUAACUUAUAAGUUAAUUAUGUUGACAUUUAAUAUACCAGGCAAGAAAAGAGGUAUAUCAGUUAGCUCCCUUAGCAUGGUUACACUGAACUACAAAGCCAAAGCAUUUGGGUUUUGUGCAGUGACAAUAGACAAAGUAUUACUGUUAUUUCUAUUCUUAAAUAUUUACUAGGUGCACAGAUAUUAUGGUUAUGGGAGCCACAUAAGGACCUAGGUAGGUAAAUAGAUGACAGUGAAUUAAUAUGUAAUUUCUAUCAUUAUUAUUAUAAUUCGUUCAAAUAGGCACAUAGCAGCAUUCAGAAAGCCUAGAUAGCUGUAACUUUGAUACAUUCAUUAUAAUGUUUUAGAAGCAUUUCUGACCAGUAAUAAUGCAAGAUGAAAAAGCAGCUAUGUAAUUUUGAGGUUAGAAUAGACUCUUAAAUUCAGGAAAUGUUUAAUUUCCAGUUAUAACAAAAUCAGAAAGUACAUGGCUAUAUUUUCUUUGUCUUCACCAAAUCAAAUUGUAUAGUACAAUGUCUCCUGGUUUCCAUCCCCUCCCUCACCCCAGAUACCCUCUUAUGUUUUUUUUUAAAAAACGGUGAAUCUAUUUAUUUAAAUUUAUAUUUCAUUUUUAUAAAAACAUACUGGAGUGAGUCUGGGAAAGCUUAUUGCUAAUGAAGUUGAAGCCAUGGCAUGCCAGCAAUAGAAAAUACAAAGCUAAUUGGUGGCAGGUAUAAAUUAUCCUACCACUGCAUCUAAGCCCUGAUCUUCACACACUUCUGAUUCCAGCCUUAUUUGUCCCCUGAACGGCCUGCCUUUUGUGCCAAAUUCUGUGUUUUUAUUAUGUGAAUAAACAUCCAGUAUGGACAAAGGCCUUGAUCCGGCAAAGUGCUGAGCACACUAGCCCAAUCUAACAGGUAUGUGCUUAACUUUGAACAUGACUAGUCCCAUAGAAGUCAGUGGGACUAUUCAUGUGCUUAAAAUUAAGCAAGUUUAAAUGCUUUGCUGGAUUGGGGCCAACAUGCUCAUCAUCUUGCAAAAUCGAACUCUAAUUUAAGAAGCCGAUUAGUCUUACUUUGGGUGAAACCCUAGGCCUACUUAAUUCAAUUUCAUUUCUUUGGGCGUAGAUUUCAUCCUUUGUUUGUGACCUAGCCUAUAUUUAAACUCAGGUCUCCAGAACUGAAAAGUUUACUGCAUGCUGCAAACAGAUCUCAACCAGAAGAAAUUAAUUCUUCACAAAAACUAUCACAUAAUUAAGUUAAGAUUCUGGUUCUUUACAACGGUCUCAGUCUUGCACAGUGCCAAGUGCCUGAACUCCCAAUGAACUCAGCGGAUGCUCAGUUGAGGAUGCUCAGCACUUCAUAGGAGUACUUGACACCUUGCUCGAUCCAAACCCUUGCGUAGGAUCUCUAAUGAGGAGAUGGCUGUUAUGUCAUAUCAAUGACAGCGUAAUAAACAUAAGUGCCAUUAGUUCAGAAGUAUUAAGCAGCACAAGAUCUCCAUUCUUUGCAUUUUAGAACACUCUUUAGUAACUUUGGGUGGUGGCAUGAAGGAGCAAUACUGUAACCUUCUAAUUCAGCUGGUUACCUUUGGGCAGGAGUUUUCACAUUCAUUUAAUUAAAUGUUGACAGAUACUACGGUAAAGGUGCGAUAUUAUUUUAAUUAAUUUAAGGUAAAGAUAACCCCUACAUUUAAGGUAAAAAUACCAAUUAUUGUUAUGCCUUUGUGGUCACAUAUCAAAAUAUAUUUUAGAUCAUGUUUAAGGUUAUAUUAAAGGUAGGACUAAAAAUAAUAAAAUUAAGGAAGCUUGAUACCAGUUGGUGCAGUAUGCUGUUACUAACUCAUUCAGUUGUGUCUAGGAAUCUCAGUGGUGAAAUAAGGAUUUAUGUUCACUAUUAGGUCAUCAAAGAAAAAGUGACCCGUGAAUUAAUAUUUCUGGUCACCAUUGUUUCCAGUCAAACAGUAAGCCACAUCCUCAGCUGGUAUAAACUGACAUAGCUCCAUUGAAGUCGAUGGUAUACAGCAGUUAAAAAUCUGGCACAGAGGAUGAUAUGUGACAGCGUAUUAUAUCUUGUCUUCACGUUCACAGGAGGGGAAAAAAGCCCUUGCAGCGCCAUCACUGUGACUCACUUCAGACAUGUGCAAUAACUAGUCAUGAUGGGAUGAAUUCUGAACAGUACUAAACUUGCCAUUGAAUACCCUAACUUUCUGGUUUGUGUCCCAUGCUACUGUCCCUUUGUGACAUUACCCAGGGUGCAAUCUGGACUGCUGAACAGCUUAAUUCUCUAGCCUUGGGUGUCUUUUACCCUUCUUUGCUGUCAGAACAUCCACUCCUGGUCUGCUCUCACAGCCUUCAGUAUUCAAAAUCACUCCCAGAUAAAUUACAUCUGUGCUCUGACCAGUCACUCAUGAAUUACAUAUAGGGUGACACCCACAAAUUCUUAGUCCUAGCCUUGUUCCUCCAGAAAUGUGCAUCUUGUACUGCUCAGUACCUUCUCAUAGGAAGUCUGUCAUUUCAUCAAAGGAAAAUGAUAAUGUACCAGCCUUGUUAUCCCAAAUGGAGCUUCCCACACACUGUAAUCCAAACACACUGGUUAAGAUAAAACAAUAAGAUAAGUUUAUUAACGACAGAAAGAUUAGAUUUUAAGUGAUUACAAGUGAUGAUGCAUAAAAGUCAGGAUUGGUUACAAAAGAAAAUAAGAGUAAAACGCAAGCUAAUACCUAACUUAACAAGCUAAGUGAACUUAAAAGCAAAAGGUUUUGUCUCACCAUACGCUGCAGUAAAUUUCACAGGCUGGGUCUACUUUCAGCGUGAGAUCCUGCCCCCUUAGUUCAGUUCUUUGAGAGUCGUUGAUGUUAUGAGCAGAGAUGAAGGAGGAGAGAGGAAAAUGGGAGGCCACAAUCUCUCAGGGCUUGGCUACAGUUGCAGGUGUAGAGCUCUGGGAGUUAAACCAGCCUUCGGAGACAGCAGCAGGGAAAAUGCUGCCGUGUAUUUCCACUGUCAGCUGCAAGCGCAGUGGUGUGGCCACAUUAGCAGCUCUUGCAACGCCACAGAGAGCAGUGCAUUGUGGUAGCUAUCCCAGUGUGCAAGUGGCUGCAGCGUGCUUUUCAAAAGGGUGUGGGCGUGGAGUGCGACAGGGAGUGUGUUGUGUGUAUGUGGGGGGGAGAGACCGUGUGUUUUGGGGGGCAGAGAGUGUGUCAGCAUGCUGUCUUGUAAGUUCAGACAGCAGCAGACUUUCCCUCCCCCCCGCCUCUCUCUCUCACUCAUGCAUGCACGCACGAACACCUGCCUCGGCAACAGCAGCAGCAUUCCACAGUAAUGGUUGCUCUGUGUCCCGGAGCAGAGAAGCAGCCGGCUGUCAGAACGGAGCUUUGAAAGGGGAUAUCCGCAUGCCUGCAACCGAGUUCAAAGCAAUGACCAGAGUGGCCACUUCACUUCAGGGGAUUAUGGGACAUUUCCAAAGGCCAAUCACAGCACAGUAAUGCACCGCGUCGUCCACACUGACACCCGGUUGUUUCAGCCGGGGCACAGCAAGCUCUAUGCUUCUCGUGGAGGUGGAUUACCAGGAGCGCUCCAGCUGCAGAGAGUCCAGGCGCUCUAAGUGCCUUGCCAGUGUGGACAUCUCAGGAGUUAGGGAGCCCGUUGCUGAUUUAAUGCGCUUUAACUUGCAAGUGUAGCCAAGCCAUCAUUCUUAUAUCACCCUCCCCUCUUUGAGGAUUGCCCCCAGCUGGAGUGCAGGCAACAAGUAGUCUUUUGUGGACAUGAGAUCUGACAAGUCCCUGUGAUGGAAUGUAAAUUUCUUAUUCACACCUUCCCAUUGCUGGAGAAUGGCUGCUUAAGCAGGUGAUAGCUCUUUAACACUUGGCUGAGGUGUCAAUGUGUCUUUGUCUCUGGAAAAACUGGCUUGGGCCUGCUUUUCUUAACCUUGAAACAUGUAUAACAAUGCUAUACAGCCAAAUCUUAUAACUUCACAUACAAUGUUGAUACACACAUUUUACCAGGACAAUAAUGAUCAGCAGACAAUAAUGUUCAGCAGAUUGAGUUUUCAAAUGAUUUCACAAAGCAUACCUUGUACAAAAUUUAUCCUAGUCUUGUAAAAGUGGUGAACAUAAUAAUAUAGACCAUUGCACAAUUAAACUUAAUGUUUUAAUUACAAUUUUAAAAAAACAAUUUGUCCAAGAAAAGGAAAGCAAAUCCUUUAUGGAAGUGUAUUUUAAUGGCUCCUUUGAAGCAAUUCAAGUCCAUGACAUGAAAAUAUAUUCAAGAAAUGUUCACAAUAUAUCUCACUCACUUAAUUGGCUGUAACAAUUUUUGCAGUAUUUUGUGUAAAGACACAAAAUAAUGGUGUAAUGUACAUAUUGGGAUCCAUACUAUAAAAAACAGUUACUGCACAUUUGUAGUAGGCAGUCCUCAAACUUUAAAUAGGGUGGUUUUAGGAGACAAAGUUAAGAAUGCUAAAUGCAUUUAAAACAGGCAACAAAUAAAAUUACAACCAGUUUAAUUAAUCAAAAUCAAAUAAGCCCAGCAAUGAGCAUGAGCCAAUGUUGGAAGAAGAUUUUUAAAGGUAAAAAACCCCAAACCAACCUUUUAAAUUGUCACUAUGGUUUAUCUGGAGUAUGUUACAUGCUGCUUUUCAUCUGUCUUUAAAACGGGAAUAAUAUAGCAUUUCAGCCGUAAGAUGGUGGUGUGUACAUUACACCAUCAAGCUAGAGCAUUAAACCAUUAUCAUUAUCCAUUUUUUACCUUCUCUAGUAAAGAAAGAAGAAAACGUUCUCAUGAGAAUCUAGGUUAACUUAUAACCUACAUUUUUAAAAAAGUGCUUCCUCUUUGUAAGUCUGUUUUUGGAAAACAAGGAUUUUGCAUACAAUCAAAGGAACUUUGCAGUAGAUUUCAGAACCAUUAUAUAGAAGCCUUAUAGCUGGGGUAGCUUUCAUUAUAGCACAGAGCCUCCUCUGCUGGUAUAGAGCAACUGCAUAGCAACAUUAGGUUUGCAAUCUAAACUCUGAACAGUUUUGUGUGAUGACUGUACAUGGAGCCAAUCUUUUUUUCCACCCAUACAAAGCUGCCGUUUCAGGAUUUAGAUUCUGCUAGUACAGUUUGUUAAUUUUCAAAUGAAUUUAUGCAUGCAGAGUUAUCUGAAAAGUCAUUAUUUUUGUAUUCACUCUUUAAGUAAGCUUUGAUAAUACUGCCAUACAGGGGACAAUAAAAUUAUUUUAAAAAUUCU